ACUUAGUUAGGCCCGUCCACCCCAUGCAGCGCGUCCCACGCGCACAGUAUCUUUCUGACUCGCCAUGGACACCAAGACCCUCGUGAGCGCCGCCGCCGCGCUGCUCUGCCUGGCGGUCACCUGCGGGACCGUCCACGGCGGGCCCGUGCCGCCUUUCUACGAGGACAUACUGAAGCAAUGCAACGUCAAAGAUCAAGACUCGCUGGACCAGUGUCUGUACCACAUCCUGAAUAGCAUGCGGUCCUACCUCCCAGACGGCAUCCCCGAGUGGAACAUCCCCGUGCUGGAGCCCCUGGCCAUCAAGGGCAUUUCCCUAAACCAGGGCGGCGGGAACACCCGGAUCCGCGCCACGUUCAAGGACCUCAAAGUCUCCGGGCUGUCCAACUACACCAUCACUUACGUAAAGUCCAACCCCGAGAAGUACAAAUUCUCCAUCGGGCUGCAGUUCCCCAAGCUGCGCGUCACGGGCGAGUACAACAUCUUCGGCAACCUGCUGCUCAUCCCCAUCAAGGGCAACGGGCCCUUCUGGGCGGUUUUCCAGGACGUGAAGGCCGACUCGUACAACACGCUGGAGGUGGUGCACACGGAGGGGCCCGCCAACCCGGGCUGCCUGCACCUCUCGCACACGCAGACCGACUUCGACAUCACCAAGGUGCAGCUGCGCCUCGAGAAGCUGUUCAACAACGACGAGUUCCUCGGUGAGACGGUCAACACGUUCCUGAACGAGAACGCGCAUGACAUCAUCCGCGAGGUGAAGCCGCAGUUCGCCCAGGAGAUCGACCGCCUGGUGGCGCGCGGCUUCUCCGAGGCCAUCGCCGCCCUGCCCGUCAACCUGUGGGAGGACCUCGCCAAGAAGGGGCAGCACCGCGACAAGGACGCGGACACGCAACGGCCCAGCACCGCGACCAACCAAGUCGCCACCGACAAGAAAUCGGCCCGAUGAGAUCACGAUCGACGGACUCCGACAAAUAAAUUAGUUCUAUGUAUUUUUUUGAAAAUAAACCACGUUUAGUACUCAG